AGUCAAGGUAGAACCCUGAACUCAAAUAAGAACAAUCCAAUUAGAACAUUGUUUAUAUGCAUUUCUGUUUGCGUGUAUGAAUUUUUCACCAUAAAAUAUAUUCCUUCCUUUACUGAGUAACUGUAACAGCAUGAAUUGUCGGUGUGAGAUUGAAAUAAGAUGAAGGUUGUAACUUGCGAAAUCGCCUGGCACAACAAAGAGCCAGUCUACAGUCUGGACUUCCAGCACACGUCCGAUGGACGCACUCAUCGUUUGGCCACAGCUGGCGUGGACACCACAGUCAGGCUGUGGAGAGUUGACAUGGGCGCAGAUGGAAAGGCGGCGGUGGAGUUUCUGUCGAAUCUGGCCAGACACACGAAGGCUGUCAACGUGGUCCGCUUUAGCCCCAGUGGAGAGUAUCUCGCCUCAGGAGGAGACGAUGCAGCCAUUCUGCUGUGGAAGCUCAACGACAACAAAGAACCUGAACAGGCGCCUGUGUUCCAGGAAGAGGAAGACGCUCAGCUGAACAAAGAGAGUUGGUCUGUCGCCAAGACCUUGAGGGGCCACAUUGAGGACGUAUAUGACAUCUGUUGGACCCGCGAUGGAAACUGCAUGGUGUCCGGUUCUGUAGACAAUACCGCUAUCAUGUGGGACAUCAACAAAGGACAAAAACUGUGCAUCCUGAAUGACCAUAAGAGCUAUGUGCAGGGUGUGACCUGGGAUCCACUGGGGCAAUAUGUUGCCACUCUCAGUUGUGACAGGGUAAUGCGCGUGUACAGCACUCAUACAAAGAAGAAAGCCUUCUGUGUGAGCAAAAUGAGCUCAAGCUCACCUGCAGAUGGAGAGGUCAAGCUGCACCGCAUCUUCCACGAUGACAGUAUGAGGUCCUUCUUCCGACGUCUUUCCUUCACACCAGAUGGCUCUUUUUUGCUCGCUCCAGCCGGGUGUGUGGAGGUUGGGGAAACUGUCACAAAUACUACCUACAUAUUUUCUAGAAAGAGCUUCAAAAGGCCAGUUGCCCACUUGCCUUGUCCAACUAAGGCCACCCUGGCUGUGCGGUGUUGUCCAGUCUACUAUGAGCUGAGAACUAAAAAAGCAGAAGACGGUUUGACCAAGGCCCUUCCCAGUCUAUUCAAACUGCCCUACCGCAUGGUGUUUGCGGUGGCCUCCGAGGACUCCAUUUUCCUGUACGACACGCAGCAGGCACUCCCGUUCGGCCUCGUGUCUAACAUUCACUACCAUACACUCAGCGACCUCACAUGGUCUCGAGAUGGUUCGUUCCUGGCAGUGUCCUCCACAGAUGGUUACUGCUCCUUUCUCUCCUUCUCUCCCGGGGAGCUGGGAACGCCACUGAAGGAGUCUCCCACCCUGGAAGUGUUCACCCCGACCAGCGGUGCCGAGAAAAAGGGCAAAAAGACACCGACAGCCCGGACCUCAUCCCCCGUGUCCCAGACACCGAGUUCAGCUUCCACACCCACGUCCCACAGGACCUCAGGGAGAGACAGCGUCUCCUCUGUCAGGACCCCAGAUGAGCAGAAGUCAAAGUCUAAGCCUCAACCCCGGAAAAUCACCCUCAACACGCUAGAGGCCUGGGGGAAAUCCACAACUCCAAAAAAUACCCCACCUUCUACCCCUCAAACACCGGCGUCCGGAAACACUCGCGCACCCUGGACUCCUCAACCGUCCGUCAACCCACUAACACCCAGCUCCUCGAAAAAGCCGUCCCGCCUCACCCCGCUCACUCCUACGACACCCAAAAUCCGCAACAGCACCAACUUGCCCACCACUCCUAAAGGAGCCAUGUCUUCUAAAGGGCCUACUCCAAGGCGAGUUUCUUUGACUCCGGUUGGAUCGAAUACAGCCAGUUUGCUCUUCAGCUCGCCAGCAUCCACGGAGAAAGCUAAACAUGGACGCCCUUCCCCUCCCACCGAUCCCCUCUGCCAGCCCCCGCAGUCCAAGCGGCCCAAGACUAACGACGAUGUCCCUGCAACAAGCAGCAGCACUCAGCCUUAGCGGGACCACCACGUUAGCAUGUCGCAAUGACGUCACGAUCAAAACAUUUUGCAUGUAAUAACGAAACGAAGAUGUACUCAGAUAUUAUCACAAUGGUUAUUAACUGCGGUGUGAUGUCUUUAAUUAGCAUGUGACAUUUUGAUCUUAAUAUUUGUAAUACUGUAAGGAAAAAAAACUAUAGAACUAUACUAUAAAAAAUUGUAAAGUAAUAAAUAAGCACUUGAAGGGGAUCUUAGUGCUGUGUGAAUUUUGAAUAUAUU